CAAUAUUCAAGUAUUCCUUUUGUCUUCUAUUUCUUACUCAUUCCUUGUUCCCUAGGCUUACAAAUUACUUUAUAUCCUGAUACAAAUGCCCUAGUGUACAGAGCCAUUGCUGUCGCUGCAGUGAGACCUGGAUUGAGUAUCCGUGACAGGAGAGCACUAGAGAAAUUCCACCAGCAACGCUUUUGUCACAUUCUCCACAUUGAAUAUUCGAACUUUCAACCAAGUGUUAGCACUCUAGCCAUUCCUGCAAGUAUUCAGAUGGAUCAGACCUCUGAUGAAGAUGUGGACCAUGCUGCAGAGGAGGACAGUGAUAAGGAGGACCAGGACUUGGAUAAGAUGUUUGGUGCCUGGCUCGGUGAGCUUGACAAACUCACUCAGAGUUUGGAUACCGGGAAACCUGAAGAUGUGAAGAAAUCCCCACUUCGGCAAGAAACCAAUCUUGCAAACUUCUCUUAUCGCUUCUCAAUGUACAACUUGAAUGAGGCUUUGAGCCAAGGAGAUGGAGUGGAUUUGGAUGCUCUCAUGGCCGAUCUCUGCUCUAUGGAACAGGAACUCAGUAACAUCAGCAAAGAACCUUCCAGACAUGACAGUGUUGUGAAAAAAUCUCUCAAAGAUGAAGUACCUGCUAAGAUGCCCAACAAAGAAGCCAAACCUGCUCAGAAGCAAUCUGCCACUCGAGCAUCCUCUAAGCAGGGCAGCUUGAAGGGUUCUUCUUCAGUGAGAAGUCCAAAAACUUUGCAAACCAACCUUUCACUGGAUGACAUUACUGCCCAACUGGAACAAGCUUCCCUUAGUAUGGAUGAAGCAGCACGGCAGACCAGUACCAUGACAUAUGAUACAAAACCCUCUCUGCCCAAUCAGCACAGAAGAACGGGAUCAGCUGGAACAGUUAGUGAUGCAGACAUCCGCUCAAACAGUACCUCAUCUAGAUCCAGUGUUACUUCUGCCACGUCUAGCCAGGAUUCUUUGGACAUUGACAAGGUUGCCCGCCCUCAGGAUCUUGAUUUGAACCAACAAGGUCAACCCACAACAGAGCAUGCUUCCUCAAGUCGUCACAAUAUACAGGUCAGACGCCAUCUUGACUUUGUGGAGGAAGACUUGGACAUGAGGACUCAUUCCUAUCUGGACAGGGAAACGUCAAUCAUUUUGAGAAACAUAGCUGGGAAACCUUCUCAUUUGCUGACCAAGGAGGAGCAGGCUGCCAGGCAGAAGGCAGAAAAAAUCAGGGUGGCAUUAGAAAAGAUCAAAGAGGCACAAAUCAAAAAGCUGGUGAUACGGGUCCACAUGUCUGAUGAGAGCUCCAAAACAAUGAUGGUCGAUGAAAGACAAACAGUCAAGCAGGUUCUGGACAAUCUCAUGGAUAAAUCCCACUGUGGAUUUAGCCCAGACUGGUCAUUGGUGGAGACAAUCCCAGAACUUCAAAUGGAGCGAAUCUUUGAAGAUCAUGAAAAUCUGGUAGAGAACUUGCUGAACUGGACUCGAGAUAGUCAUAACAAACUCAUGUUUACUGAACGCAUUGAGAAAUAUGCACUUUUUAAAAAUCCACAGAAUUAUCUGCUAGGGAAGAGGGAGAAUUUUGAGAUGGGAGACCGAAAUAAGGAAGCUUUACUAGAGGAGUUUUUCUGUGGAAGUUCUGUGACUGUUCCAGAGAUUGAGGGAUUGCUUUGGCUGAAAGAGGAUGGCAAGAAAUCCUGGAAGAAGCGCUACUUCCUGCUCAGAGCUUCUGGAAUAUAUUAUGUCCCGAAGGGCAAGACAAAGACCUCUCGCGACCUGGCUUGUUUCAUUCAGCUAGACCAUGUGAAUGUGUAUUAUGGCCAGGAUUACCGCAGUAAAUACAAGGCUCCCACGGACUACUGCUGCGCUCUCAAGCACCCUCAGAUCCAGAAGAAAUCUCAGUACAUCAAAUAUCUCUGCUGUGAUGAUGUCAGAACUCUUCAUCAGUGGGUGAAUGGCAUUCGCAUUGCCAAGUACGGGAAACAACUAUAUGACAACUACCAGGAUGCUGUGAAACGAGCUGAAGCAGCAUAUGAAUGGUCAUCCCUGUCCAGUGCCAGUAUGAAAUCUGGGUCUAGUUCUUCCAGUUUGCCAGAAUCCCAUUCAAACCAUUCGAACCAGUCGGACAGUGGCGUUUCUGACUUACAGUCUACAGGUCACGUUCGUUCCCAAAGUAUCGUCAGCUCCAUUUUUUCAGAGGCUUGGAAAAGAGGCACACAACUGGAAGAGCAACAGCAGCACUCCAAACUCAGGACGGACUCUGUCAGAUCCUACUCUUCUUCAAUAGCACCAACUCUCCCUCAGGCCAGGAUCAGUGUGCCGCAUGUAGCACCACAGCCUUCUCCUCCACCCCCACCACCACCUCCACCCCCUCCUGCACCCUUUAACAAAUACAGCACCAUUAGCAGACAACAGACAAGCAAACAGCCAGCCCCAUAUACCUUUGUUAAUCAGCCAGCUGUGAGUCAGCAGGCUAUCCCACCAGCCCCACCCUCACAGCUGAUGAAGCCACAGUUGCUGGUUGAAAGUGACAGGCAAAGUGUUCCUCUGCCAGUUCCCUCUACUCCACCACCCCCGCCACCCAUUCAAACAAUCCCUGCUGUGGCUGCAUUGAAACCAGAACCAUCCAAUCUUUCCCCCAUUCUACCUGCCUUCACCCCACCACCUCCUCCACAGAAAUUACAACAGCAAAAUAUUCCAGCCGUUGUGCAGCCCUUGGUUGUUCCUUCUCCUCCUCCUCCUCCACCUCCACCUCCACCACCACCACCACCACCUCCUCCACCACCACCAGCUUUGUUACAGGCCAUUGUCCCUAAACAGAUAGGAGCAUCAUUUGGGGCCUCUGUCAGUCAUCCACCUCAAACAGCUCCCAAACCAGCAGUGCCUAGUGUUGUUCAGGUGGACCCUCUUCCAACACCACCCCCUCCCCCAACCCCUCCUGCAACAUCAGCAAAGCCACCCAAGUUCUCAGUUGCACAGAUCCCACUGCCACCGCCCUCUCUUCCUUCAUCCCCUCAUUCACCUGCACCAAAGCAAUUGGGUGGAGCUACAGACCAAGUGCCCAUUCCUCCACCUCCGACAGUUUCAAUUGUAAAACAGUCCAUUAACCAGUUCCAGACUCCUCCACCACCUCCAAAGCCGCCAGCAACCUCCCUUCAAGCUCCUAUGUCACCCCCAGCCGUGAAAGCAAAACCUAAAUGGCAGCCUAGUUCUCUCCCAUCACCAGAGUUUCCUCCUCCACCUCCUGAAAGCAGUUUACCCCAACCUCCCCCACCUACCCCCACUCCUCCUCCUACUCCAGUCAAAUCAGCUUCAGUCAAAAAACCAAAAAAAACAUCCAGUCCCGGUGCUAAGAAGCCACCUCCCACACCCCAGCGGCAUUCCAGCAUAAAAGGAUCCAGUUGUGCAGAUAUGAAGGAGUCCAGAAAACCCGUGGAGCCUCUCAGCAACAAGUUUGAACAACCAACUGUUUCCUUAGCCUCUCCAGCAACAGAUGCUACCACUUUACCACCUGCUCCCUCUAAGCCUGGCAAAUUAAAUUUGGCUGCAGUAAAUUUGAUGUUCCCACUUGGAGGACAGACAGGAAAAGGACCAGUAGGUCCAAUUGCUUCGAAGGAGCCUGUGUCAGAGUUUCCCUCGCCGCCUUCAGAUUCAGACUUCCCACCCCCACCUCCAGAUUUAGACCUUCUACCCCCCCCUCCUCCAAUAGAGAUGGCAGCUUCUGCUGGUUUCUCCAAUGCUGUUCCACCUAAAGUAGCCGUGGUAAACCCUCAGCCACAAACAUGGUCCAAAUCAUCUACCAAGAAGGCGCCACCACCAGUACUUCCCAAAAGGAGCGACAGCACCCGCUUGACACAAGGAGAAUCCACAGAACACCAGGCUCCUCCCAUCAAUCCAGUACCAGUGUCUCCUAAACCAGCCUUGUCUGUACAGCCGCAUUUUCUGGCUGACCUCAAUAGGACUCUGCAAAGAAAGUCUUUUACCCGACAUAGCUCAGUUACCUCUGCACGUGUAUCCAAAGCAGAGCCCAUCACAACCAUGGACGAUAUGGUGCUUCCUCCCCCUCCUCCUGAAUUGCUUUUUGACCAAGAAUCCACUGGCCCAUAUGCAUCUGGCAACAUCUCAGGCUAUGCAACAUUACGGCGUGGACCACCUCCAGCUCCACCCAAACGGGGAGACAACACCAAGUUGAGUCGGGAUUGUUGAUGACCCAGCUGCCAAUGUGCUGUUUACAUGCUGCUCCAUAUAUACUCAACUGCAAUAUUCAGAGCGAUAUUAAUUGCCUUUCUUAAAACUCUGGCUGCAUACAUCUUCAACAAAAUUAGAUCACAUUAUUCCUUGUAGAAAUCCUCAUUCUUGGAUCAGUGAAGUGUUGUGUUUCACUUGUAAAGUCAAAUCGCUCUACUUGUGUAAAUAUAGAUGCUUUUGGCAUAUAACGAGACCUAGUGUGGGGUAGGGGUCUGGAAUGUGUGGUUUAUCUGACAGUUUCCCAUUUAGUACUGUGGUGGAGAGGGUGGUUGAGGUGGACCCAGCGAAAAGGAAUGCUUUCCUUCCACUUAGAUUAAAUGUCAUUGUGAUUUCAUUUUGAAGUUUUGUCUUUGGAAGACUUAAUUGGCACCUUCCCAGUGUUAUUACUGGCAGUUUUUUUUUGUGUUUUAGGGAGCUGGGACUAGAAAUAGGAUUGUGAUCAGUUGGGCAAAGGAUGUCAAUUUUCUGCAUUCUGUUGGUUUAACACUUAAGUGUUCCUCAUGGAAAUAAACCCUACAGAAUGCUAACUGAUCAGAAUUUGGGAAUUCUCAAAUGUUUUGAUUGAAAUGCAGAAUGGUGGAACACUACAAUCUACGGUGUGGCAAUUUUUCUGGAAAUUGUUGAUCAGUCCUCUGGUGAUUGUUGAUUUUGGGUCAAAUAGCAAAGCCAUUUGAGUUAUCCAACCAUGCUUGAGACUUCGAUUUUAGUGCAAAUAUAUGGUCCACCAUUAAACUGACAAAAGCUUCUCAGUUGGAGUUACAUAAGAUUAAGCUUGUUUGAAGGGUGAUACAGAGCAUCAGUGACUUAAAGAUCUUUUUAAAAAUCUUUGAAUCUUUUAGUGAUCAAAUCCAAAAAAGGUGCUAAAGAAUAGAUCUGGAUUCUCAUGGCACAGGUCUGAGAAUAAGAUUGCAAAGCUCAUUGCUACUUUUACAGUUGCUUUAUUUGAAUCUACUGUUAAUAAACUAAUUGAACUGGUUUGCUGGCAGGCUAGUCAGAGAUUUAAUUCGCUGUUUUCUGUUGAGUUAGUUUAUCACAGCUCGAUAGCUGUUCUGUUGUGAAGUUGACCUGGAAUAAGCAACCUGGUACUACUAACCCCACUUUUCAAGCAAAUGUGCCAGUGAAGUCAAAUUCAUCUUGGUUGUGGGGAGAUUAUAUUCCUUCCUGACAUUUACUGAAGGCUACCCACUUAAAUAUGGCACCCAGGUAACCCAGCAACAUUAACUGCCUUGUGGGGAGGGAAGUAUGUGAAGGGGACAGGGCAGCAAAGAAAUAGGCAGUAAAUUAAAAUGCCUUUCUUAAAACUCUGGCUGCAUACAUCUUCAACAAAAUUGGAUCACAUUACUCCUUGUAGAAAUCCUCAUUCUUGAAUUUAAUUAAAUGCUAUUAGUUGAAUUUAGAUUUUUUAAAAAUCUAUUAUCAAGAUUAAAUCUGACAGCAUUUUCUUUCCACAUUUUUGGAUGUUCCCAUGUGGAAUAUAUUUGCGAGUUGAUCUAAGGCUGUGUGACCAGCCACUCAGCAGUGUCUUAACAUAGGUGGGCAACAAAACAAUUCUGGAAAGGGAUUGCCCAGCCUAACCUUGUAUGUUUCGUUUUUUAGAAACAAGAUCAUUACUGUCAAGAAUCAAAGCUUUAUGGAUUUUACAUUACAGACCUCACUGAAAUGAUUUCUGCCUUUCUAAAAGAUUGGUGUUCUGUCAGCACAGGACCUGACUUGCUUUGAAAUGUGUCAGAAUGAAAGGCCAACUGCAAAAUAAGCUAGCACAUAACAUUGUAGCAGCAUGUUUGACAUUGGUAUUUGCAUCAGAUUACAAAUGCUGUGGUUGUGGGCAACCCUUUGGAUCAGUUGUAAUUGUAUUUUAUGACAUCUCAAAAUAUUACAGAAUAGAGGAGCCAUGUGGUUCAUGUCUGUACCAGCUCCUUGGAAGAGCUAACCAAUUAGUUCUUUGCCUACUUUUCCCAACAGCCAUGCAAUUUUAUCCAAUAUAUCUAAAUUCCUUUUGAAAGUUACCAUUGAAUCUGCUUCAGCCACUGUCUUUCAUGCUAUGCUUUUCAGAUCAUAAUUCACUGUGUAAAACAAAAUUUACUUUGCCUUGCUUCCUUUGCCAGUUAUCUCUGCUUAUGCUGUAAACAGUUAAUUUACUUACUCCUAUCAAAGUCCUCUUCAUAUUUUUUGAAUGUCUUCAUGAAAUCUCUGGUUAAACUUCUCUGCUGUAAAAAGGGACAAUCUGUGAUGUUCUCAAAUAAUGGGAUUUCUAUCAUUGAUCUAUCUUUUAAAGCAAUUUGGUACCCACCAGCACUUUACCCCUGUGAUACAUUCCUCUUCAUAAUUAGGAUGCCUGCUGAGCAUUCCUAGUCACUACAUAUCAUAUGGGUACAGGUAUUUCUGUUUACUGCAUAGUCUCCAUUCAUACAUAACAUUGCCAUUCACUAUAUCUACCUUGUAAUUACCAGCCUCUACAUGUACCAUGUGUGCAUGGAACACAGUUCAUUACAUGUGUAUGAAGUAUUUCCAUUUAUUACAUAGGCUGUGUUCAUACACAGUAUUGCCAUUCACUAAAUCAACUGUGUUUAUGUGGAGUAUUCCCAAAUCACUACACCAUUAUGUAUGCCUACACAGUAUUCUCAUUUACUACAUCAACCAUAUACAUACAGAGUAUUCCCAUUCACUACAUUGACUACUGGGCAGUACAUUGCUAUUCACUGUGUCAACCACAUGUUCAAGGCAUUCCUAUUCACUGCACAGAAUAGUCCCAUUCACAUCUGCCAUAUACAUAGAUUAUUCCAAGUACAUAGACUGUGUGUGUUAAAGAGUAUUUUCAUUCAUUACAGCACUCCUUCAGGUUCUAUUAAUAUUUUCAGUGCAUCAGUUGCUAAAUGGCACCAUAUCUCAGAGCUCAUAAAGGUUUUUAGUGAAUAGUUAUUCCUUCGUUUUUGGUAUAAAAUGAAGCAUCCGUUUGGGAAGUUGGAUAUAUGUGAAACAUACUCACCAUAGCCAAGAUCCUUAGUAAUCUGCAUAUACUUUAGUUUACUCCUAUGCAAUGUGCACUUGAGCUGAAUCCAGUUUUAUUCGUGUAUUUAUGAAUGUCCCACAUCUUUCAGGUUUUUUUUGUGGCCCAGCAUGGAAUGAAUGAGCAAGCUCCCAUUGUGUUGUGUGUUUAACUUAAGAUGCUAAGCUAGACUUAAAAUGUGUGAAUGCUGGAAUCAAAAUCAAAAAAAUACAGAGAGAUUGAUGUAAAAACUCUGCUUUCUGUCCAUUGAUGAUGCCAGACCAACUGAGUUAACGUUUCAAGUCCAGUGACCUUCAGAACCAGUGGUAGCUGGUAAGAGAUUAGUAUUUAUGUAGAUGGCAGCAUGGGGAGGUAAGCAGGAAUAACUGAUAAAUGGAGAUAAAAACCAAAAGAGAAAAUACCAGCGGUCUGAUUUUGUUGCUAGCUAGGCUUGUUCAGGAUAGGGAAACUAUGAAAAGUAGUUCUUGCUAAUUGCCAUCAAUCAUGACAAAUAGGUCUAUUAAUUGUGACCCAGAUUGGGAACUGCCCCAAGUUGGUGUUUAUUUUAACCUUUUAUUAAUCCAUUGGAAUGGGAGACAAAAUUGCGACCUGAUUUGCUAUUUCAUCAAUAAUGGAAGGAUCAUAUUCCAGAUUAAAUUGCCUGGUAUCUUUUUAUCUGUUCAAGUUAAAUGUUAUUUACUGUCUAUCAUAUGCCUCACUCUGAAAGCUGGAAGAAAAUUGUGGUCCAAUUUUUAACUAACUUCAAGAAGUCAAUUUGGAUAGAGCUAGCAGCCUAUUCAGUACUGAGAUUGGAGGUGGUGGUGGUGGUGGGAGAGGGGGUUAAGAAUUAGAAACUAUAAACAUUGCUUUAUGAAAAGAUACUGAACUAUUGAGCUGUAUCAUAUAGCACUCUGGCUGAAGGAAAGGAUUUAAAAAGCACUUUCCACAAACUCAGGAUGUUCUAAACUCUUCAUAAGUAAUUACGGAGCUGUGAAGUGCAGGUUUUAUUUUGAGGGGGCAAAAGGAAUAGCCACUUUGCCAUUUUUCACCAUAUUAUUUAAUGAAACAAAUCAAAAUCUUACAGUAAAGGUCAUUAUGUCUCUGCUGGCACUUUCUAAGUUAUACAACUCCAAUCAUUUGCUCUUUCCCCAUAUUUCUACAAAUCUAUCUUCCCUUGAAAACAAUGUAUAUGAUUUUUAUUUUGAAAUCACUAUGGAGUCUACUUCCACAACGCUUUCAGGUAUUGUAUUCUAAAUUAUCAUAUCUGUGCAAAGGAGCUCUUAUUUUGGAAAUUUACUUCAAUUCAUGUCAUCUGCUUACUGACCUUUCUUCCAGAGGAAAGAGAUCUCCCUUUCUAUUGCUCAAAAUCAUGUAGGAUUUUGACCAUCUGUUUAACUUUCUGCUUUUGAGCGUAGUCUGGAUUUCCUAGUAUGUUCACAUGUUGUAGUCCUUCCUCAAUGGUAUCAUUCUAGUAAAUCUCCUCUACAUCCUCUCCAAUACCUUGACAUCUUCUGGGUUCCACACCCUAGAAAUGGGCAGAACUCUAGCACAGGCCUGAUUAGUAUUUUGUAAAGCUUUAGCAUGUCUCCCUUGUGCAUGUGAAGCCACAGAUUCCUUAAGUGUUCCCUCCUUGCAAGUGGCAGAUAAAGAUUUUUGUAAAAACCCUCAAUUCUCCUGGUCUUUGUACCCCAUUUUACAAAUGGGCAUUAAACUUGCAUUUUGGAAGGGAGGAGGAGAAGUAAUGUAUCACUUCACACUUCUUUGCUUUAAAUUGAAUCAUGCCUUCUGUCCAUUUCAAGAAUUUAUGAUCUUUCUCCCUGUUAACUAUUUUUGAGUUCAAAAUGAUGCCUUAUAUAUUCCUGUCGCCAAUCAUAUCAAAGAUAGCGCUGACACUGAUCCCUGGGACACCAUUGUUUACUGUUCUCCAGUCUGAAACAAAAUCUACACUAGUUCUUUCUAUGUUAUUGCAACUUUAUAUCCAGACACACUGUCUUUGGGUAAGUAAUAAACAGAUUAGUGUACUUUUUUUAAAAAAAAGGCUACAAAGUGUCCAAUCUUCAUGUUAGAAAUUAAAACUAUUCAUGCUAAGUCCAUUAUUUCUCAGGCCCCCUCAAGCCACCGAUUGUGAUUCACACAAAGAAGAAUUAAAUAGAAUGAGAAUACAUUUUAAAUACAUUUUCCCAGAUCUAGGUUGAAGAAAUUUAAGUUAUUCUGGUUCCUUUGGGGAAAUUGAGGAAAUAGGGUCUCAGCAGAUAAAGGCUAUAAAUUGGUGAUUAGACAACCUUGAGUUCAGCCCACUGGAGGUGGAAGUAGAAGCAGUGAUUUCAAAAAGAAAUGGGGAAGGCAUUUGGAAGCAAAUAAACUUUCAGCCCCAGGGGGAUUAAACUGGUGGGCAGUAUUGACUAGUUUAAUCCAUUGGGAGUUAGCGUGCACAUAGGCUAAUUCGUCUCCAUCUGUGCAAUAAAACAAUGUCCAAUUUACUGAUGAAUCUCCUCUAGAUUUUGGUGACUUUGGGAGUGCCAUGAAUAGAAAUUACAGCAACAAUAUUUUUAUUAUUGAUGCUAAAUGUGACAAUGAACAAAAACCCCUCAACACUGCCCACCACCCAAUUUUCACCAGUACCAUUCCUCCUCCUCUCUUUCACAGGGAAUCUAGGAAACCCCGAAUGGUACUGCAAGUGAGUAACUUGUGCAAUUGUCAAUUGACACUAUAAAGCAGUCAGUGUUUUUUUUGUUUAAAAUAGCAUCCUUUAUAGCAAGAGCAAAGUUACUGAAGGUAUGCAAUACUGGAACAAGUACCAAUGAGUAAGUAGGGAGGAGGCUAUUUACAGAUUGUACAGGCAGUUUGUAAACCAAAAGUGAGGUUAUGGUCUGGUGUGUUUUCUUUUUCUUAACUGGAUUUUUAUAAAACGACAAAUGUUGAGAAUUUAUUACAAAGGCCUUGAGAAUCAACUGGCCUUUCUCAUUGUCUAGGGGCAGCACAGCGGCUAGCACUGCCGCCUCACAGUGCCAGGGACCCAGGUUCUAUUCCGGCCUUAGGUGACUGUGUUCAGUUUGCAUAUU